GAGAUUGGGAUGCAAGUUCCGAGAGAAUUUACCAGCUGAGGAGGACGCCGGAUCGUCCAAGCACUUUCUCCUUUUAGCAUGCAAAUGCAUCCAGCAGCAGCCGACGAGGAGCAAACCAAAUCGACGGCGUACAAGGUGAAUAGUGCUACCCCUGCGUGAUCGAUCAUGUGGGCUAUGGCUCAACAUGCCGGUUCCGUUAGCUAGCUGGUCCUGGUCGUGUCCGGACACGUCCCGUCACUGAAUGCCAUGGCAUUAUAAGAAUUAUGAGCAAUCUCCUUGAUUGAGCAUGUCGGUCCAAGGGGGUGCGUUUUAUUUUAAGGGCCUGAUCGGUGGUUGGAUCGGCGAUCGAUCGAGGUCACUCACUCACACUGUUGUUACUCGGCGAGUGGAGCGGUGGUCAUGGCCGACGCGAGCAAGCGCAUCGACCUCGCCGCGCCGCUGCUCUCCGUGCGGCGGCAUGGCGGGUUGGGGAUGGGCGGCGUGUUGCGGUACCGCGAACGAUGUGACGAUGCCGCGCCCGGAGCCGUGCCGUUCGGGUGGGAGCGCCGGCCCGGCCACCCCAAGGGCGUGUGCACGACCCAGAGCGCGCCACCGCUGUCGGAGCCGGAUCAGCAGGCCGCGGAGCGGUUCUCGGACGCGCUCUCCCGGCCCGACAGCUGCUACACCGUGAACUGCAGCGAUGCGGCCGGCGCGACGGCGUCGGCGUCGGCGUCGGCGGCCCCGAGCCCCCGUGGCAGCGUCAUGAUGGACCGCUUCUUACUGGCGGCCAAGGAGCAGUGCGUCUUCCGGAAGGCCGCCGCUGCUGCCAACACGCGCGCCCCCACCGGCGAGAGGUUGCCGCGGCGGCUCCCUGUCCAGCACCUACCCGCAGAUCACGCGCGAUCUAACUCCGCAAGAGAAGACACGAACAAAGCCAGCCACGGCGACGGCGGCGAUGAGUGGGAGGUGCACAGCACGGCGGGCUUCGCGUCCAAGAGGAAGUGCGGGCUGCUCCCCACUCGGUGCGCCAAGAGCGCCCUGCUGCUCCUCCACCCAUCACAAUCAAUGGCGAGGCGCCGGCGCGGCGCGCGGCGCUUCAUGUCCGACUGCGGCAGAUGCCGGCGGGAGACGAGCCCGCUGCUGCCGCAACCGUUGAAGCCGCGCCCAGAACACGACGCCGACAUGCGAACCUGGGAGGAGGUGUACAUUAGCUCGAUGCUGCGAUCGGAUCGCGCGUGCAGCCUGAGACGGCAGGCCACCAUGGCCUCGGAGCUGGACAGGACGGUGCGCGGGCUCUACACGGGGAAAGCAGGAGCCGCGGUGCAUCCCAAAGCCACCCAUCUCGGCAUGCUGCUGGUCCUCGACAGAACCGACGGCGACGCGGUACCGCCUCCCAAGUGCGGCCGACCACCGACGGCAGGCAUCAGGAAGGCACCCCAGAGGCGGGACGCCGCCGUCGGCCACGGCUUCCCGCCGCCGCUUCCGCAGGCGAAGACCCCGGCUCGCCGUGACAACAUGUUGCUCGCAUUGCCGUCGCCGAAGAUGCCGUCGGAGUCCUGGCUCUCGCGGACGCUGCCGGCCGUGCCGAACAGGCGUCCGACCACGUCGUUCAUGGGGAUCCACGUGCAGCAGCUUAGGAAGCAGCACGCUCCGUCUCGCUGGUGCUCCAGCGAUCAGGCCAAGAUUGUCGAUCAUGGCGCUAGGGCCAGGCAACAACAGAUACGAAUAUAUGAUCUGCACAAGUGACAGUCUAGCUAGUUUCCUGCACCAGCCUUCUACUGGUACUGGAGCUGUCCUUCUCUGCCUAUGUGUUCCUCUGUAUGUCGAUCGUUUUGAUCUAUGCGCCAGAGCUUUCACCUUGUUAAUCAAUGGCAAGGCGACAUUGUUCCUGAUAUCAGAUGUAAAGCUCUCAAGUUUGUAGGUAAUCUUCAACGAUCCAUCAUGCAAA